CCCGAACCUUCAGGCGCCUCCGCGAGUAGUGCCAGCCCGCAGCGGUACACCAUGACCCGUGGGAACCAGCGUGAACUUGCCCGCCAAAAGAACCUGAAGAAGACUCAGGAGAUCCACAAAGGGAAAAGGAAAGAGGAUAGUUUGUCUGCUUCUCAGAGAAAACAGAGAGACUCUGAGAUUAUGCAGCAAAAACAAAAAGCAGCAAAUGAAAGGAAGUUAUUGCAGUCAGGAGGACAAUGAGCUGCCUGUGUGGAGAAGAUCAGAGUGCACCAAUGAAGCAGAAGGGCCUAGAAGAUACUCAUGCAAGUGUCUGGCCAUUAACUGUCUUAUCUUGCAGAGUUGUUCACCUAGCAGUAGUGUAGAGUUUUCUUCUGGUUAGCAUAGGUAUAGCUGUCUGGAAUGUGACUUCAAAGCUGACUACACUUUUCUGCAUGCACAUGAAUAAAAUUACCAAGCAAUAG